UUACCUGAGGAAACGAGAGUUUGAUUCAAAGUGUACCCUUAUAUGAAUGAACGAAAACAACAGAAAGUCAUCUUAAUAACAGGAGGUCAUUUUAAUCAUUUUUUGAGAGAGAGAGAGGAUCUCGGCUGCAUGAAGAUAACCAGAAAUGGCAUCACCACAAACGCUUCAGCCUGUCCUGAAGAUGAAGGUCGACGAGCUCUUCCUCUUUUGGUUGAGUGAGCCAAGUACACAGGCGAUGCUAAAAGACUACCUCAACAAAAUCAAGAACGGGGAAGAAAUGGAUCUAAGCCAUGGCGAUUUUAAGAGCACAAGCACUUUGGUAUUAACAGAAAACAACAACAUUGCUUCAAAGAUAAAUGGGACGGACAGAAUGACUGCGGCCCUUGGUUCCCCAUGCAGCCCUCCUUCCGCCUCGCUGCCAUCUGCGAGUGGCAGCAAUAACAGAGCUGGAGUGAAUGCGAGGGCCCUGCGACGCUCUGUCAGCACUAAGAAGCAGGCGCAGGCUAAGAAAGAGGAGCCCGUGACACCAGCUUUAAGUGAAAGCAUUCCAAAGUUCUACUUCCCUCGAGGACAACCCCAGGCCAACAUCAACAUAGACAAUCUCAUUUCCAAGAUCGAACAAAUGUUUUCUCAAUUUCCUGAUGAAAGAGUCACUAUUAAAGACAUGGGGCUAGUUGCCAAGGCCUGUGAGUGCCCACUCUAUUGGAAAGCUCCAUUGUUCCAUGCUGCCGGAGGAGACAGGAGGGGAUAUGUGUCCGUUCACAAGUUUGUGGCAAUGUGGCGAAAAGUGCUUCAGACCUGUCAUGAUGACGCAUCCAAAUUUCUUCACCUUCUGGCCAAGCCUGGCUGCAAUUAUUUGGAACAAGAGGACUUUAUUCCAUUCCUGCAGGAUGUAGUGGAUUCACAUGCAGGUCUGGCAUUUCUAAAGGAGGCUUCAGACUUUCACUCACGCUACAUUACAACUGUAGUCCAAAGGAUAUUUUAUAAUGUAAACCGCUCAUGGACUGGAAAAAUAACAUGUCCAGAACUCAGGCGAAGUAGUUUUUUACAGAAUGUGGCAUUACUGGAAGAGGAGGAAGAGAUUAAUGAGUUAACGGAGUUCUUCUCCUAUGAACAUUUUUAUGUCAUCUACUGUAAGUUUUGGGAGCUGGACACGGAUCACGACUUGUACAUAGACCAGAGAGACCUGACGCGACAUAACGAUCAAGCCAUUUCCAACCGAAUGAUUGAGAGGCUAUUCUCUGGAGCUAUAUCCAGGGACAGAAAGGUUCAUAAAGAGGCCAAGUUAAACUAUGCUGACUUCGUGUGGUUCCUCAUAUCUGAGGAGGAUAAAAAGACUGAGACCAGCAUAGAGUACUGGUUUCGCUGUAUGGAUCUGGAUGGGGAUGGAGUUCUGUCCAUGUAUGAACUUCAGUACUUCUACCAGGAACAGUGUCAGAAGCUUGAGGCUUUGGCCAUUGAACCAUUGCCUUUCGAGGACUGCCUGUGCCAAAUGUUAGACAUGGUCAAGCCAGAAAUCCCAGGAAAGAUCACUCUCAGGGACUUGAAGCGGUGUAAGCUUUCCCAUAUUUUCUUUGACACGUUCUUCAACAUUGAGAAGUACCUAGAGCACGAACAGAGGGAUCCCUUAAUGGCUGCAAGGGAUACCGAGACAAUGGGACAGGAGAUUUCUGACUGGGAGAGAUAUGCUGCAGAGGAGUAUGAUAACUUGGUGGCAGAGGAAACUGCGAACGAGCACUAUAACGAUGGCUAUGACAAUGCUCUGGACCCAGUUGAUCACAUUACAUGUGCCUUUGACCUUCGGAGCGAGAAGAGACAUCUCUUUGAGAUUCCCAACCCUCACAGUAAUCUGGACUUGGAUGAAUAUGAAUACGAGGACGAUUUUGAAUGACUACACAAGUAACGGUGACUAUCUGGAAGUGUGUGGAACAGGAUGUGGACUGAUCCUGCUCUCAAAUACUGAUACUGCCUGGUUCAGCUAACCGAGGCUCAAGAAGCGUACGGAUGCACUCCUUCAGCCGCUGGAUGCCAGACAGUAAACCAGCGGUCGGGCGAGGCUCUGUUUAUCAAGACGGAUUGUGAUGGCCCAGUCUGUCUGUCAGUGUGACAUCUAUGCACAACCAGGUCUAUAAAAUGUAGCUGCACUGUAGGUUUCAAGGAACUACGCUGGAACCAAACCAGGACACUUGAAAUAUUGAAUAUGCACCAAGUUUAUAAAUAUUUACGUUUUUACUCUCAGAAUUGGUUUAUAAGACAUUCCAGAGAUUCACCAAAGUGAUUUCGGCUUCAUUUCAUGGAAGGAUGAAAUAAUGUGGUGAUCAGACUCUGACAUGUCUAUGUGAGAGGUGUCUUUAAAUUAUAAUGUAUUUAUAUGUAUUUGUAAAUGUUUGUUGGUUUUGCCUUUUGUUUGUUCAAAACCUUUAGGCUUAGUCCACUUAAAUGUUUUCAACAAAUUAUGUUUGUCAUUUCUAUAGAAGUACCUCCUAAAAAUAUACUUUUAUUGUAAAAAAAUUUUUGGUAUUAAAAGUUCAAUAAACAGGGAUGUGAUUUUUCCGGA